AUGAAGUUCGCGAUCGUGCUUGUGGCCCUCUUGGGCUUCUGUGCUGCUGAAAAAGUUCGUUUCGACAAUUAUCGCGUAUACAAACUCACGAUAAACGAUGAGGAACAACUCAGAGCUGUGCAGCAGCUUGAGGAUCAGGAUAGGGGAUACACUUUCUGGGAUUUCCCAGCAGCCGUGGGUCAGGAAGUGGAUAUUGUGGUGCCUCCGCACAAAUUUGCCGAUAUUCAGGAAUUCUCCGCUGCUUAUGGAACCCCAAUUGAGGUGAAAAUCAAUAAUGUUCAGGAGCUCUUUGACCAGGAGAAUCCUCUGGUGACACCACGAUCAUUCGGCUGGACUGCCUAUUACCGUACAGCUGACAUCUACGAAUGGCUUGAUCAUAUCCUUGAAGAAUUCCCAGGUGUCACAUCGGGCUUCGUGGCUGGACAAUCGUACGAAGGCAGGCAAAUUCGUGGUAUCAAAAUCUCCUAUAAGGAGGGCAACAAGGGUAUCGUGAUCGAAGCUCAUAUUCAUGCUCGUGAGUGGAUCUCAUCUGCAACUGCCACCUAUGUGAUCAACGAACUUCUUAGAUCCAAUGAUCCUGAAGUGAGAGACAUUGCUGAGAACACCGACUGGUACAUCAUUCCAGUGACGAAUCCUGAUGGACUGGAGUACACUAAGGAUUACAACCGAAUGUGGCGCAAGACUAGGCGUCCUAACUCAGGAUCCACCUGCGUUGGAACUGAUCCCAACAGGAAUUACGCUUACAACUGGAUGCAGGGAGGAGCUAGUACAAAUCCUUGCAGUGAGACAUAUGCUGGCCCUCAAGCCUUCUCUGAAAGUGAAACUAGGACCACAACUGAAUGGGUGUACAACAAUAUCCAAGAUUUGCGUGUCUACGUUUCCUUCCACAGCUACGGACAGUACAUUCUUAGCCCAUGGGGCCACACAACAACUUCAGCUCCUAACUACAAUCAUUUGAGGGAGAUUAUGGAGGCAUCUCGCACAAGAAUUUCCGCUGUAUAUGGCACUCAGUACACCAUUGGAUCUACAGCUGCUACGCUCUAUGUUGCUUCAGGAACCAGUCACGAUCACUUCUACGGACAACAGGACAACAACAUCCAAAUAGCCUACACCUUCGAAUUCCGCGAUAGAGGACAAUAUGGCUUUGCCCUUCCAGCCAGUCAGAUCAUCCCCAAUUCCAUUGAAACGGUCCAGGGAUUGAUUGGUUUCGUGCAGAAGACCAGAGAACUCGGCUACCUAUUAGCGGACAUCAAGUGCGAGAUGAAGGUCUUUGGAGUUCUUUUGGUGAUCUCCCUGUUGGGUGGAAGUUGGGCAGAAAAAGUGAAGUUCAAUGACUACAAAGUGUUUACAGUGCAGCCUGAGACUGAGGAUCAGUUGAAGGCCCUAAGGAGCUUGGAGCAUGAUUCAGUAGCAUCUUUUGAUUUCUGGACAAGUGCUAAAAAUAUUGGUCAGAAGUCAGAUAUCAUGGUGGCACCUGGUCAGAUGGAUGAAUUUAGAACAUUCCUAGAGGAAAAUCAUCUUGAAGCAUCAGUUAAGAUUGAAGAUGUUCAAAAACUUAUUGAUAACGAACAACCAGCGUUUACUCCUCGAAAUGGAAUGGAAUGGACGAGCUAUCAUCCCCUGGAGACCAUUUUCGAAUUCCUGGAUGACAUGAUUCAGCAGUAUCCAAGUGUAGUGUCCAAUGUUCAAAUUGGGACCAGUACUCAAGGACGUCCAAUGAGGGGAGUCUUGAUUUCCUAUGGUCUGGGAAAUCCUGGUGUCUUCAUUGAGGCCAACACUCACGCACGUGAGUGGAUUACUUCGGCAACUGCUACGUAUAUCAUCAACGAGCUCCUAACUUCCCAAGAUCCGGAUAUAAGGAGGAUCGCUGAGAGCUACGACUGGUAUAUCUUCCCCGUUGUGAAUCCCGAUGGUUUCACCUUCGCUCAUACGCACAAUCGAAUGUGGAGGAAAACUCGUUCUCGACAGGGAUUAAUCUGUCAAGGAGUCGAUCCUAACAGGAACUGGGCCUACGAAUGGCAACCCGGACCUCCCGGAGCUAGUGACGAUGUAUGUUCUCAAACUUUUGCUGGACCAGAACCUUUCUCUGAGCCGGAAGUGCGAUCUGUGGGGAACUUCGUUUAUGAAAAUCGAGAAAAGAUCCAGGUCUUCCUUUCCUUCCAUUCUUAUGGUCAGCAACUUUUGUAUCCUUGGAGCUAUAUUGCUCAAGAGACUCCUGACACGGAAAAUCAUGUUACAAUUGGAAAUGCCAUGGCUGAAGCCCUUGGUAGUCUCGAAGGAACGCAAUACCUUGUUCAUAGCUCCUUCCACCUCUACGAGCAUUCGGGCACAGCUAUUGACUUCACUUAUGGAGAAGCCGGUGUUAAGGUUUCCUGGACCUAUGAGAUGAGAGAUCAGGGUACUUAUGGCUUUGUCCUUCCGGCUCAAUUCAUCAUUCCGAAUGCCAUUGAGGUCACGAGAUCCCUUCCGGCUUUGCUGGACAAGAGCACAGAGUUGGGCUAUAUCACACGCUUAACGGGGCAAAAAGUGUAG